AGUUUCACUUUUGAUUCUGACUUCAGAAGGUAACGUCCCUGCAAUCUGGCUUUUAAUCUCCCUAAAACUUAAAAAAAAAAAACGUAGCCCUCAAAUAAAAGGAAGAGCAAAUUAACAGUAAGAGGAUUCUUUUUAGAUGAGUUUUAUUUCUUUAGCUUGAGUUAAAGAGCGUCGUCUUUGGUUUCAGAUCAUGGCUGACAUGGCGACAGAUGGCGAGGUCGAGCACACUCUGAUUGACCUGAGAGGGUCAGGUGACAACGAGAUGGAAGAAGCAAAGAAAGAGUUGGAGAUGUGGAAGAAUAAAACUAAGGAAGCAGAAGGUGCUAAAGCCCAGUUGACCUUGGAGAAAGUGAAUGAAGAGGAGGUGAAGAUGAAGGCUCAGCAGGAGAUGAUGGCUCUCGCCGAUGAGCGUGAUGAGUUAAAGAAGGAGUUCACUGAGAAGAAGAAGGAGCUGCAGAGCCAGAUUGACCGUCUGAGCAAACACAAACAGGAUCUGAUGGAUAAACUGACCAAACAUGGAGACAGACUGCAGAAGAAGAAGACUGAGGUUGCCACACUGAAGCAAAGGUUCAAGAUCUCGGCCCAGAUCCCAGACACGGAGGUGGAGUUUAGCAGCCAGAGUGACGAGCAGAGUGAGGAUGAUGAUCAGCCAAUCAAAGGAGAGUUUGUUAUUAUUCAGAGAGCGUCUGUUCCUCUGAUUGGAGGCCAGGCUCUCAUCACCUUUGAGGAGGAGAAAGUUGCGUCUCAGAUCCUGAAGAUGGCGAAGUGUUCUGUUACCUGUGAUGAUCAGGUUCUGGAUGUAAAACCUAAGAAGAUCAUUCUGAACCCUGGCGUCAAGUUUGAGGUGCAGCUGCAGAUAUCCAGGAAGCAGCUGUUUGUUGCUGAGGUUCCGCCAACACUUCCAGAGGAGACUAUGAAGGACAAACUGAUGAUCAGCUUCAGCAGAGCAAGCAGAGGAGGAGAUGAGGUGAAGAAGGUGGAGUACGACCAGAAAGCCUGUACAGCACAGGUCACCUUCCUGCACCCAGGAGUUGCAGACCAUCUGGUCCUGAACGGAGAGUAUCCUGUCGACCUGGAUACUAAGGUCAAUGUUCAAGUUGGGCCUGUUUACACAUCCAGUCUACGAAGGUUUCAGACGUUCUGCGGCUCUGUGGCUAGAACUGUUCUCCUGGAUGGGAUCAAGGACAUCAUGCCUGAGGACGAGCUGCAGGAUCAGCUGGAGAUUCACUUCCAAAAGCCCAGAAACUUUGGCGGAGAGAUCGAGAGUGCAGAGUAUGUGAGCAGAAAGAGGAAACACCUGCAGGCCUUCUUCGUUGAGGAGGUGGACCCUUAAGGGCGCAGUCAUCUGUUCUCUGAUUGGUUCAGGGUUACGGUCAAAUCCAGAUUUAUUUAAAUAGCCACUCACAUACAUACUAAAGAAAAAUGUUAGUUUAGACUUUAGACUUUCCUGUGGUGACGUAGACAGACAUAAUCUACACAUAUAAUCUGAAUUCACUGUCCUCUGCAAUUUUCAUGUAAUCUCAACUGAAAUAAAGGGUUAAAAAUA